CUAGUCUCGAGAGGUCCUGUCGUGCUCGGAUCUUUCUCCAUCAUGACGACCGGGACCACGUCAUGCCGUAUGCAUUUCCAUAUGUGUGGAUCAAUCUACGCAACGGCGGCGGACCCAUAAGACCAUGGUUUCUUUCCUUUGAUCGAUCGGUUUGAUUCGCUGAACAAGAAGAACAGAGACGACCGGCAGUGGUUGGGGAGCUCCUGCUUUGUCGUCGGAAGAAAAGUCGAAGAGAUGGGUUCACUGAAGAGCGAAGAUGAUCAUCAGAUGGAGCAGAACACUGAGGAGGCGGCUAUCCUCUAUGUCAACGGAGUCCGCAGGGUGUUGCCCGAUGGGUUAGCCCACCUGACCCUUCUCGAGUACCUCCGAGAUAUCGGUUUGACGGGGACGAAGCUCGGCUGUGGAGAAGGCGGUUGCGGAGUGUGUACUGUAAUGGUGUCUCAAUACAAUAAGAGCCUGAAGAAAUGUGUACACUAUGCAAUCAAUGCUUGCUUGGCUCCUUUGUAUUCUGCCGAAGGAAUGCACGUAAUCACUGUGGAGGGAGUUGGGAAUCGUCCCUGUGGUUUGCACCCCAUUCAAGAAUCUUUAGCAGUGACUCACGGUUCACAAUGUGGAUUUUGUACUCCGGGUUUUAUUAUGUCCAUGUAUGCACUACUAAGGUCUAGCCAAACAGCCCCCACUGAGGAACAGAUUGAAGAGUGCCUUUCAGGAAAUUUGUGUCGAUGUACAGGUUAUCGACCGAUCCUGGAUGCAUUUCGUGUCUUCGCUAAAACAAAUGAUAGAUGUUAUGGACCUGAUGUUUCUUCACUGAGUAUUGGAGAAAGCGAAUCUAUCUGCCCUUCUACUGGCAAGCCAUGUUCAUGUAAAUCCAAAACUGAUGUGAGCACUUGUGGCCAAAGGUAUGAACCCAUCUCUUACAAUGAGAUCGAUGGAAAGAUAUUCAUGGAAAAGGAGCUUAUCUUUCCUCCUGAAUUGACCUUGAGGAAGCCCACUUUUUUGAACUUGAACGGCUUCAAUGGCCUUAAGUGGUACCGACCUUUAAGCCUUAAACAAUUACUAGAGUUGAGAACAAGAUACCCAAAUGCAAAGUUGCUGGUCGGAAACACAGAGGUUGGAAUCGAGAUGAGGCUGAAGAGGAUACAGUACAAGGUUCUGGUUUGGGUAAACCACGUUCCUGAAUUAAACACAUUGAAUGUGAAGGAAGAUGGCUUAGAGAUCGGUGCUGCUGUAAGACUGUCGGAGCUUUUGAAUGUUUUAAGGAAAGUUGUGACAGAACGAGGUUCUCGUAAAACGUCUUCUUGUAUGGCUCUCAUCGAACAGCUUAAGUGGUUUGCUGGGACACAGAUAAAGAAUGUUGCCUCUGUUGGUGGGAAUAUUUGCACUGCAAGCCCAAUAUCGGACUUAAACCCUCUAUGGAUGGUCUCAAGGGCAGAAUUCCGAAUCAUCAAUUGCAAAGGAGCUAUCAGAACAGUGGCAGCGGAAAAUUUCUUUCUGGGUUAUCGGAAGGUUGACCUUCAAGAUGGAGAAAUAUUGCUCUCAGUUUUUCUACCAUGGACCCGUCCCCUCGAGUAUGUGAAGGAGUUUAAGCAGGCUCACAGAAGGGAGGAUGAUAUUGCACUUGUCAAUGCAGGAAUGCGCGUUUUUCUUGAGGAGAAAGAUGACGAUCUAAUCGUUGCAGAUGCAUCGAUUGCAUAUGGGGGAGUGGCUCCUUUAUCUAAACUUGCUAGUCAGACAAAAGACUACCUGAUUGGAAAAUCCUGGAAUCAAGAGCUCCUGAAGGGUGCUCUUGAAAUUUUCCGCAGCGAUAUAGUCAUUAGAGACGACGCUCCAGGAGGAAUGGUGGAGUUCAGAAGAUCUUUAACACUUAGUUUCUUCUUCAAGUUCUUCCUUUGGGUGUCUCAUCAAGCACCGACGACUAAGCCUAUCAGGGAAAAUAUACCUUCAUCACAUUUGUCCGCGAUAAAACCAUUCAAGCUUCCAUCAGUGAUUGGAAGUCAAGAUUAUGAGAUAAUCAAGCGUGGGACAGCUGUUGGGUCUCCUCAAAUUCAUCUCUCUGCAAGGCUCCAGGUUACUGGUGAAGCAGAGUAUGCUGAUGACCUGCCACUGCCAUCCAAUGGGUUACAUGCUGCUUUAGUAUUAAGCCAAAAGCCUCAUGCUCUAAUAGCUUCAAUUGAUUCUUUGGAAGCCAAGGCCUCUCCUGGAUUUGAGGGCCUAUUUCUUGCAAAGGAUGUCCCAGGCCACAAUAGCAUUGGCCCAGUCAUUUAUGAUGAGGAAGUAUUCGCUACCAGAUGUGUUACUUGCGUUGGUCAGGUUAUUGGAGUAGUUGUUGCUGAUACGCACGAGAAUGCGAAAUUUGCAGCAAGAAAGGUUCAAAUUCAGUAUGAAGAUCUCCCACCUAUCUUAUCGAUCGAAGAUGCAGUCAAUGCGAAAAGUUUUCAUCCUAACACAGAGAAGAUUAUGAGAAAAGGUGAUGUAGAUUUGUGUUUCCAGUCAGGCCGGUGCGACAAAAUCAUAGAAGGGGAAGUUCAUGUGGGAGGUCAGGAACACUUCUACUUGGAACCUCAGAGCACUUUGAUUUGGUCAGUCGAUGGCGGGAAUGAAGUCCAUAUGGUUUCUUCUACCCAAGCUCCUAUGAAGCACCAGCAGUAUGUUUCUCAUGUUCUUGGUCUUCCUAUGUCGAAAGUAGUUUGUAAAACCAAGAGAAUUGGUGGCGGGUUUGGAGGAAAGGAGACGAGAUCGGCUUUUAUUGCUGCAGCAGCUUCUGUUCCGUCCUAUCUGUUGAAUAGACCUGUGAAACUUACGCUGGACAGGGACAUAGAUAUGAUGAUAACUGGACAACGCCAUAGCUUUCUCGGAAAGUACAAGGUGGGAUUCACGAAAGAAGGCAGAGUACUGGCACUGGAUCUUGAAAUUUAUAACAAUGCCGGGAAUUCUCUUGAUCUUUCUCUUGCAGUCCUUGAACGUGCAAUGUUUCAUUCAGAUAACGUUUAUAAGAUACCGAAUAUGAGGAUUCUGGGGAGGGUCUGCUUCACAAAUUUUCCAAGCAACACUGCAUUCCGAGGAUUUGGUGGGCCUCAGGGUAUGCUUAUUGCUGAAAAUUGGAUCCAGAGAAUUGCCGUUGAAGUAAAUAAAAGCCCUGAAGAGAUAAGGGAAAUGAAUUUCCAAAGUGAAGGAUGGAUGCUGCACUAUGGGCAAGAACUUCAACAUUGUACGCUUGGCCCUCUAUGGAAUCAGCUGAAGCAGUCAUGUGACUUUGCCAAAGCUCGUGAGGAAGCUGAUCGGUUCAAUCUUCAGAACCGAUGGAAGAAGAGAGGUGUUGCUAUGGUUCCUACCAAGUUUGGGAUUUCUUUUACGACGAAGUUCAUGAAUCAGGCAGGAGCGCUUGUUCAUGUCUAUACAGAUGGAACAGUUUUGGUGACACAUGGAGGAGUGGAGAUGGGGCAAGGAUUACAUACAAAGGUCGCGCAGAUUGCUGCCUCUGCUUUCAACAUUCCCCUGAGUUCCAUUUUUAUAUCGGACACAAGCACUGACAAGGUUCCCAAUACAUCACCAACGGCUGCAUCGGCAAGUUCCGACUUGUAUGGAGCAGCAGUAUUAGAUGCUUGUGAGCAGAUCAAGGUGCGGAUGGAGCCUAUUGCUUCCAGGCGCAAUUUCAGUUCUUUUGCUGAGCUAGCAACUGCUUGCUACCUUGAGCGAGUUGAUCUCUCCGCUCACGGCUUCUACAUCACGCCUGAGAUAGGAUUCGACUGGCAGUCUGGAAAGGGAAAUGCAUUCCGUUAUUUCACAUACGGGGCUGCAUUUGCUGAGGUUGAAAUCGACACGUUGACAGGAGAUUUCCACACGAGGGAAGCGAAUGUAAUCUUAGAUCUCGGUUACUCGCUGAAUCCCUCUAUUGAUGUUGGACAGGUUGAAGGAGCGUUUGUGCAAGGUCUGGGUUGGGUAGCCCUGGAAGAACUUAAGUGGGGCGAUGGAGCUCACAAAUGGAUUCCGCCAGGGUGCUUGUUCACGGCCGGGCCCGGGAACUACAAAAUUCCUUCCGUAAACGAUGUUCCCCUGAAAUUCGUCGUCUCACUUUUGAAGGGACAUCCCAAUGUGAAGGCCAUCCACUCUUCCAAAGCUGUCGGGGAACCCCCGUUUUUCCUCGCCUCAUCUGUGUUCUUCGCCAUCAAGGAUGCAAUUAUUGCUGCAAGAGCUGAAUCUGGUCAUACCGGGUGGUUCCCUCUCGAUAACCCAGCAACUCCUGAGCGCAUCCGGAUGGCUUGUCUCGACGAGUUCACAGCACCGUUUGUAAGCUCCAAUUUCCGCCCAAAGCUCAGCGUCUGAUGAAGUUAGGAUUUGCUCAACCAUCUGAGAAAGCACUGGAUACUCUCAGCGCAUCGCCGACUCGGCAUAUGAACCUGCAGGGAUCUCGGCAACUCCUCUGCAUUACUAGGAAGAGCGAUGUCGUAAUUUCUGCAGAGAUCGAAUGUGUCUCCCUGUAAAGGGAUACCAUAAGUCGGUUGAUGUACAUAGUGGAAAACCAUCACUUUCAUGGAAAACCAUAAGUAUUUCAAAUUAACAUUUUCCCUGAAUUAAAUUAGUUUCCGGACAUUUUUGAACAUAUGAGGGGAAUGACUCUCUAUGGACAUUCCAUCUUCAUAGUCCAUGGCAUUUGGUUAUUAGCA